AUGAUUUUCAAGUUGGUUGGACUCAGUGCCUUCGUGGGAGUGCUUUCCCUUUGUGCGGCCUACAAAAUAACGCCAAAUGUUAUUGAUGGUGUUCCUAGUAUCCUGAAUAUAACUACAGAGCCAUUCAUCAAGAUCGGAACUGGCUAUUACUUCAUUCAAACUAAACUCCCACAGAAUUGGCACGCGGCAUUCGAAUCUUGUCGACAAAUGGAAGCUGUUUUAAUCGCGUUUGAAAGCUUAGAGGAAAUGGAGAUGAUAUGGAAACACCUUUCAGCUAUGAAUCCGGUGAGGCCUUUUUGGACUGCCGGCACUGACUUCGCCGAGCAAGAUAAACACGUUUGGUUUUCAAACGGACAGCCAGUGCCUUCGAUUUUAUGGCGUGAGGGAGAGCCCAACAACUUCGAAAAUAACGAACACUGCGAUAAUAUUUACGUAACACAAGGUUUUGGACUGAAUGACGAUGAAUGCGCGAAAUUGUUUUACUAUGUUUGCAAGGCACCCCAGCCAAAGACAGCAUCCUUUAUUGUGUGGUAAAUAAGUUCUAGAAACCUCCUCUUUUUUUAUCAUUAUAAAAUAAAUUAUACAUAUGUAUACAUUGGCCAUAAA